ACAGCAUGGCAGUGCCGGGCGAGGCCACCCAAGACCCGGCCAAGCCGGGCCUCGGAAGGGCGAGCCCCGCCCGCGUGGCCAGCUGGGACCACCGCGGUCGUGGCGCGUCCCCUCCAUCCCCGCGGAACUCGGGCUGCCGAGACUGUCGGGGAGCCCAGGCGUGGCAGCCGCCCCGGCGCUCGCCGCAACUCUCCUCGGCGUUGUGCGCGGGCUCCCUGUCCGUGCUGCUGGCGCUGCUGGUGAGGCUGGUCGGCGGGGAGGUCGGAGGCAAGCUGGAGUCGAGUCAGGAGGCGGCGGCCGAGGAGGAGGAGGAGGAAGGAGCCCGAGGGGGCGUCUUCCCGGGCCCUCGGGGAGGUGCUCCCGGGGGCGGCGCGCAGCUCAGCCCUUGGCUGCAGCCGGCCGCGCUGCUCUUCAGUCUCCUGUGCGCCUUCUUCUGGAUGGGCUUGUGCCUGCUGCGCGCCGGGGUGCGCCUGCCUCUGGCCAUCGCGUUGUUGGCCGCCUGCUGCGCCGGAGAAGCGCUGGUGCAGCUCUCCUUGGGCGUGGGGGACGGUCGCCUGCUGUCGCUGCCCGCCGCGGGGGUCCUGCUCAGCUGCCUGGGUGGCGCGACAUGGCUGGUGCUGAGGCUGAGGCUGGGCGUUCUCAUGGUCGCCUUGACUAGCGCGCUCAGGACGGUGGCCCUGGUUUCCCUGGAGAGAUUCAAGGUCGCCUGGAGACCUUACCUGGCGUACUUGGCGGCCGUGUUGGGGCUGCUGCUGGCCAGGUACGCCGAGCAGAUCCUGCUGCAGUGCUCCGGGCCGGCUCCGCCCAGGGAGCGGUUUAGGUCCCAGCUGAGCGCGAGGACCAAGGAAGAGAUUCCGGGGUGGAAGAGGAGGAGGCGGUCCAGCUCGGUCGUGGCCGGCGAGAUGUCUGGCUGCAGCGGCAAGUCGCACCGGAGGACCUCCCUGCCCUGCAUACCCAGGGAGCAGCUUAUGGGUCAUUCAGAAUGGGACCACAAAAGAGGACCACGGGGAUCCCAGUCAGGAACCAGCAUCACCGUGGAUAUUGCCGUGAUGGGCGAGGCCCACGGCCUCAUCACCGACCUCCUCGCAGACCCUUCUCUGCCUCCGAACGUGUGCACAUCCUUGAGGGCCGUGAGCAACCUUCUUAGCACGCAGCUCACCUUCCAGGCCAUCCACAAGCCCAGGGUGAACCCGUCUGUAACCUUCAGUGAGAACUAUCCCUGCUCUGAUUCGGAGGAGGGCUUGGAGAAAGACAAACUGGCCAUUUCCAAGCGCCUGAGGAGAAGUUUGCCCCCAGGCUUGCUGAGAAGAGUCUCCUCGACUUGGACAACCACCACCUCUGCCACAGGUCUGCCCACCCUGGAGCCUGCACCAGUGCGGAGAGACCGCAGUGCCAGCAUCAAGCCGCACGACGCACCUUCACCCAGCGCUCUCAAUCCCGACUCUUGGAAUACGCCCGGAUCGAUGACGCUCACCAAAAGUAGAUCCUUCACUUCAUCCUACGCCAUCUCUGCAGCUAACCAUGUAAAAGCUAAAAAGCAAAACAGGCCAGGCAGCCUUACUAAAAUUUCACCCGUACCCUCGCCUUCCUCCUCACCUCCGCAAGGCUCACCUGCCAGUAGUCCUGUUGGCAACAUUACUUCAGCACAGUUUCCAGAAUCCCCUGAAGUAACUUCCAGGCGAGGCCCCGGAUCUCACAGGGCCUUAACUUACACCCAAAGUGCCCCUGACCUGUCCCCUCAGAUCCUGCCCCCACCUGUCAUAUGCAGCAGCUGUGGCAGAUCUUAUUCACAAGGGAACCCUCCUGAUGGACCCUCAGAGAGAAGUGGCCCAGCCAUUCAGAAACCAAACAGAACAGAUGACACUUCCCAAGUUACCUCUGAUUAUGAGACCAACAACAAUAGCGACGGCAGUGACAUUUUGCAGAACGAAGAGGAGGCCGAGUGCCAGAGAGAGCCACUGAGGAAAGCAUCGGCGUGUGGCGUCUAUACAUCCCAGACCAUGAUCUUCCUGGACAAACCAAUUCUUGCUCCUGAACCCCUAGUCAUGGAUAACCUGGACUCAAUUAUGGAUCAGUUAAACACCUGGAAUUUUCCAAUUUUUGAUUUAGUGGAAAAUAUAGGAAGAAAAUGUGGCCGUAUCCUGAGUCAGGUAUCAUACAGACUGUUUGAAGACAUGGGCCUCUUUGAAGCCUUUAAAAUCCCAGUUAGGGAAUUUAUGAAUUAUUUUCAUGCUUUGGAGAUCGGAUACAGGGACAUUCCUUAUCAUAACAGAAUCCACGCCACUGAUGUUUUACACGCUGUAUGGUAUCUCACAACACAGCCAAUCCCUGGCCUACCAAGUGUGGUUAGUGAUCAUGGAUCAGCAAGUGACUCGGACUCUGACAGUGGAUUUACCCACGGACACAUGGGAUAUGUGUUUUCAAAAAUGUACCACGUGCCAGAUGACAAAUACGGAUGUCUGUCUGGAAAUAUCCCUGCCUUGGAGCUGAUGGCCUUGUAUGUCGCUGCAGCCAUGCAUGACUACGAUCACCCAGGGAGGACGAAUGCUUUCCUGGUUGCCACCAGUGCCCCACAGGCGGUGCUGUACAAUGACCGAUCUGUCCUGGAGAAUCACCAUGCGGCUGCAGCGUGGAACCUCUUCAUGUCCCGGCCAGAGUACAACUUCUUAGGUAACCUGGACCACGUGGAAUUUAAGCAUUUCCGGUUCCUUGUCAUUGAAGCGAUCUUGGCUACUGACCUGAAGAAACACUUUGACUUUGUAGCCAAAUUUAAUGCCAAGGUGAAUGAUGAAGUUGGGAUAGAUUGGACCAAUGAAAAUGACCGUCUCCUGGUGUGUCAAAUGUGUAUAAAGCUGGCUGACAUCAACGGGCCUGCUAAAUGUAAAGAACUCCACCUGAGGUGGACAGAGGGCAUCGCCAGUGAGUUUUAUGAGCAGGGCGAUGAAGAAGCCAGCCUCGGCUUGCCCAUAAGCCCCUUUAUGGACCGCUCUGCCCCGCAGCUGGCCAAUCUUCAAGAAUCCUUUAUCUCACACAUUGUGGGUCCUCUGUGCCACUCCUAUGACUCUGCGGGUCUCAUGCCGGGAAAAUGGGUGGAUGACAGCGAUGAUUCGGGAGACACUGAUGACCCAGAAGAGGAGGAGGAAGAAGCUGAAACACCCAAUGAGGAGGGACCCUGUGAAAAUAACACAACUCCCAGAAAGAAAACUUUCAAAAGGAAGAAAAUCUACUGCCAAAUAACACAGCACCUCCUGCAGAACCACACGAUGUGGAAGAAAGUGAUUGAAGAGGAACAGUGCUUAGCAGGUAUAGAGAACCAGUCUCUGGACCAGGCUGCUGUGCCGCAUUCCUCAGAACAGAUCCAGGCUAUCAAAGAGGAAGAUGAAGAGAAGGGGAAGCCAAGAGCAGAUGAGACCCCGGCUCCACAGCCAGACCUGUGACCACCGCGGGUAGAGCGAGCUGUGUUUGCAGACAGAAUGACUUGUCCCAGACACUUUCCAAGCCAGCACAACACUUAGACACAACACUGUAGAACACCAGAAGAUGGGCAAAUGGCUAAAGCAUUUGGGGAAUUCUUCAUGUUUUGUGUGUUUACUUUUAUAGUAAGGGACAGCGCUGAAGACUCCAGCUCAAAGAAGCUUUCUUUCACUUUGCAACACCAGCGUCUAUGGGUCGUUUAUAAGGAAGACAUAUAUGUGUGUGUGUGUAUAAAUUCCCACAUAGGCUCAUGUAAGACUUAUAGUCACGUGUAACACAUGCACACUGAUAGCCUGGAUGCCUGACUCCACAAGGUAGUAACAGUCAUCUUAGGAUAUAUAGAGGUCACUGUGACAUAAGAAAUCACAAAGAGCAAGAAGUCACGAGAAGUGCAGCUUAGCAAGGAAACAAAUGUAGGCUCGAGAGUGACAAGCUUUUGUUCUCCCUACUGAGGGGAGAACGUUACCCAGCACUGUUGGAAUUCCAAUGCAUCCUGCCAACUGUCUCUGUGUGUGUGUGUGUGUGUGUACGUACGCGCGCAUGUCUGUAUGCAUGAGACUGAAGAGAGAUAUGUUUGUAUACAUGUGUGUAAAGGGAGAUGUUUGUGAUUUUAGUUGUUCAUAGAAUAUCUGUAGCAGGUGACAAAGUACAUGUGAACAUACAGAAGGAAUUUCUUUCUGGAGUGUCUUUGAAUGGCAGCCCUCCUCCAUUUCGCUUCCACAAAUUCUUUCUCAGAGGGUGGGCUUGUGUGGGCCACAUGAUUGGCACCACUGCUACUUGCCACUUGGAGGCGCUCCACCACCAGCCUCACACUCACAAGACUGAGGCUUUCUGGUCUACCCGCCUAAUGAAUGUAUAAGGGGUGUAUGUGAGUACACAUGUCACUUACCAAUGAUCAAAUAGCCAUGGAAAGGGAUGGCGUUCUUUAGUGGUGAACACCCAAGAGGAGCUGACAUCAGCUCCUCAUCAGGUAAGAGUUCUAAAAGGGUGCUGGGAAAGGCCCAGGAAAUUGCCUUUAGUGAUAAUACCCUGUGUCUUCUCAAUUUGCUGCAAGGUAUGUUGUAGUAUAAAAGAAAGUAAAAAAAAAAAACUCACCAUGGGUUUUAUACCAAGAGACGAAGGUGAAAUGCCAGCUUAUGGUUUGAAAGUUAGCCUGGGGGAAGCUGACCUUUGGCAACUGUUGAAGAUUGUUUGCUCUGACAUUGCCUCUUGUGGUCUUCCAUACACUGUGUGAUUGGCAUAGCAUGGCUUUGCAGCCUGGUCUGUGGUCAUGCUCCUUUUUGAAGGGAAGGUUAUAAGGAGGUUGAUUAUUGUUUGUGGCUAGGCCAUUGAAAGCUGUUUGAGUUGUUUUGUUUUGUUUUCUACACUUGUUUAUGCUGUGAGCCAAACCUCUAUUUAAAAAGUUGAUACUCACUUUCAAUAUUUUAUUGGAUAUUAUUACGUAUGUCAUGACUAGUUAUCGUGAUGUAAAUAUAAUGUUUUUUUGUUUCUGUAGAUAGUAAACUUUUUUAAGAAAAAAAGGGGGGAAGGGAAACAUUUUAUAGUUAUAUUUUAAUCACCAUCUUAUACAUUGUAGCUAUCUCCAAGCUCAGGAGCUGGGUGAGGGUUCAUUGUGGAGUCUGAGGGCCAUCUGGCAUCAACCUACUCUAGUUUGAGUCAUGAUCUGAUGCAGCUGUUUUGCUGUUGAAUUAAGGCAUUGCAAAGACAACAGCCUUUGAUAACUGACUUAGUUUGAAGCCUUUCCCUCCAUGAUGAAAGCCUUUCUUAACUCAAUUCCAAUGUGUCUCGCUGGGCUUUGUUGCUUGUAGCUCCCAGUUAAGUUCUGGGUCCACAGACUUCCACUUGCCUUAGCCUCCAGGACCUGUGCAUUGAUUUCUGCCCUUUCACAUCCUUGAUUGCUUUACAUUAGAAACCCCUGUCCUUUGUCUCCCAUACAUGGGUAGUAUACCCUUCCCUUCAAAAACAUGAUUUAAUGGUAACUCACAGCAUAUUUUUUUCAAAACAGACAAAGAUGAAGUCAAAUAUUUCAAGACAGAUUUUCUAUUUAAUAGCACAAUGCAAAAAGGAUUGAAAAGAUUAAGGCUUCAUCCAAACAAGUAGAAUAUGUUUCAGUUAACUAACCCUGAGUUAAUACCAGGUCUUCAGCAUUUAGCAAGUCCUGAAUCAUUUCUUCUUUCUUCGUUGUGUUUGUGUUUCUCUAUAAAUCUACCUAGAAGCAAGAACCCCUCUUUGGUGAGGCUACCCUUCCCCUGCAAUAAAAAAUGAUAGACAAAACACUUACAUUCAUAGCUUUCAUAUCUACUCAGUUCUCAUCUCCAUCUCCCGAUGAUAUAUGUCUAUGAAGUACAUAUAAAUAGUCAAACAAGCUAGGGAUGAAGUGAGUGGAUUGGCAAGUCCAUCGCAGAUAUAUAUGCCGUUUGAAUAAAGCCACAGAAUCUGAGCAGGAGCCAGGCUGGUUCCAUCAUUGGUGGAACACAUUGGUGUGUGUGUGUGUGUGUGUGUGUGUGUGCGUGUCAGAAAACUGCCUAGUUUUGCUUAUUUUAAGGUACAUGAAGCAACAGGAUAAUGACCAAAGCAAUCUUAACCUAUUUGUUCCAGAAUUAUACUCAUUCAUCCAGGCAGAUUAUUAUUAUUAUUUGUCUUAGCAAACAAGUUGUCAUUCUACUCAAACCAAAAGGCAACAAGCUGAAAAGCAUGGAGACCUGCCAAGCACGCGAUCUAAAGACCCACCCUGAUAAAUCUCAAAGGCUACCAAGCAACAUCUAAAGUGUUUACACCAAAUGAUGUUGUUCAGCUUCGUGGUGACAGCAAUCUACUGUCUUCACCUCCAACUUCAGAGUCAACUUCCCGUGGUGCCAAUGUGUCCCAUGUGAUUUACUACAGAUUUAUAUGAACCUAUACAGGUGCCAUUCGAUAAACUCAGGUCUCCCAGUAGAGGGGUUUCUACCCACUUAGGGAGAGGAUAGUUUUAUAGACAGCCUAGCACAUCAAUGGUAGGAGAAAUUGGAACCAGCUGCUCUCUGUGGAAUAAAAACAGAAGCGCACACUGCAUGUUAUCCAUGUCGUUUUCAGCGUACUAAUUGAGUAUCUUUAUUGUGAUCAGUUGGCCUUUUGAAUACUGUUUCCUUAGUAGUAAUACCACUUUUGCUGUUUUAAUUAUCUAUAAGAAAAAAAAUGUUCAUAUUUAUGUAAGACCUGGUUUUGUUAUCAGUAGGAGAUGAGCUCAGUGGUUCUGCAUUUUCUCUAGUUGUCCUCAUCAGGCGUUGAGGAAAUGGUCUCCUGUGGGAGAAAGUUUCAGCUUCCUACUAUCAAGAUCCCCUGUUCUGUCCCAUUUGGGUUUUACUCCAGAACAAACAUUAACCAUUGCCGUCCCAGUAACGCUAAGGAGAAGAACUGAAUACCCCUGCCGACUGUUUAGUAGAUGUAUAUAUUUGCAAUUUCCCUGUGUCCUCUGCCUUUCUUUCCCAGAGAACUUUCUUGAAGGUAAAAGCUGUGCAAAAGGCGUGAGACUCAGGCCUAUUCUUUGUUUAAAUGAUGGAAAAGUAUAAAUUAUUUUCUAAAUAAUAAAAAUAUGAAAAUUAUCAUUGUAAAUAAAGUCUAAACCUUGAAAUGA